CAAUAGUCGGGCUCAUUAGGAUGUCAUCUAUGGAGAAAGAAAAACAUGUCGAGAUCGGAGUGGCCUCAUCUCCAUCUCCAAGCCCUGAAGAAACCGGGCGCAGGGAGACAAGCAGACACACCACGAUCUGGAUAGUCAUUAAUAUCUUCGCAACCGUUGCAAUUGUCUACAUCAAUAAAUCCAUCUUCUCCGAUCCUGCCUUCAGGAAAUGCCAUUUCAGCUUCGUGGCGUAUCACUUCACUAUCACCGGGAUCCUUCUGCAAAUAGUGCGACGAGCCUCCAUCCUCAAGAUCACACCCACAGACACCCCCCUGCUCGCAAUCCUGCCCCUCUCCAUCGUCAUGUGCGCCAACAUCAUCCUGAUGAACCUGUCCCUGGCGCACAGUUCGAUCGUCUGCUACCAGAUCGUGCGCAUCCUACUCACCCCGCUGACCGUGCUCAUCAAUCUCUUCUUCUACCAUCUCAGAAUCCCCUUCUACGCGGCCCUCGCGCUCGUGCCUGCCUGCCUGGGCGUGGGCCUUGUGACCUAUGCGGAUGUAAUGCCUCGCCGGCGCUCCCUCGCCGACAGCCCGCAGACGAUGGACUCGACGUCCACGCUGGGCAUUAUCUACGCAUUCAGCGGCGUACUCUGCUCCGCGUUGUACACGGUCUGGGUGGCGCACUACCACUCGCGCCUGCACAUCUCGAGCAUCCAGCUACUCUCCAAGCAAGCCCCCUUUUGCGCGAUCUUCAUUGGCAGUAUUUCCCUGUUCACCGAUACAUUCCCGGGCUGGACGACGAUAACACCCCACCAAUGGGGCCUCCUCUUCCUGAGCGGUGGGUGCGCGUGCGUGAUCAAUCUCUCGUCCUUUCACGUCAUCAAUGGCGCAGGCGCAGUAACUAGUACAGUGGUGGGCCAGGCCAAGACGUGCCUCAUUAUCGCACUGGGGUGGGUGCGCAGCUCGACCGCGGUGGCGACGGAGAGUGUUCUGGGUGUGCUGCUGGCGGUGCUAGGCAUGGCACUCUACACGGCGGCCAUGCAAAAGAAAGCUGUACAAUAG